ACGAGGCAGCAGCUUCCAAAGCUGGUUAAUACAUAAUAGUACCCUGAAAAUCCAUUCAUAUAUGUUAAACAUAUACGAAAUAUAUGUAACUCGCGAACCCAGUUCGUUCACAAAUUGUUUGUUCAACGAUCCCUUUUCCCAUAUAGUAAUUCGUUUCUCAACUAAAAAUAUAUCUUACAAGUAGUGGUUAUAAAACUAAAACAACUUAUAAUCUCUAUAUUAUAUUUAAAUUUAAAGUAUACCGUUAAGCAUCACUUCCACUAAGACUAGAAAUAUCAAAACUAGAAGUUAGCGAAAAUGUCAAAGCUAACUUUGGACGGCUUUUUUUCGUACUGCAAGCAAAUAGCUGAACAUAUCCAGUUGGGCGAGAGAAUGGCGUCCCUGUCCGGUCAGAGCACGCCUAAGCUGACCUCGGCUGUUGGCAACUUGUACUACGACUCCAUCUUGCCGUAUCGCGAGGACGCGAACGCGCAGACGCGGGAGUUCUUGGCGCGCGUCGUCGACGUCCUACUUGACUACGUGCAGCAAGUCAAUGACAGGAAUGAGAAGAUCUUGGAGUUCAAGAUGCCAGAGGAAAUGGAGAAGAUGCUGGACCUGCAGCUGCCGGAGCACCCGCUGCCGCUCAAGCAGCUGCUUGAGGACUGCAAGAUCACGCUCAAGAACCAAGUCAAGACAGGUCACCCGCACUUCUUCAAUCAACUGUCGUGCGGGCUGGACGUCAUCUCUUUGGCGGGCGAGUGGCUGACCGCCGCAGCCAAUACCAACAUGUUCACUUAUGAAAUCGCGCCCGUCUUCAUCCUCAUGGAGAACGUCGUACUCGAGAAGAUGCGCUCAAUGAUCGGCUGGAAGUGUGGGGACUCCAUACUGGCACCAGGCGGUUCGGUGUCGAACCUGUAUGCGUUCCUAGCGGCGCGGCACCACAAGUUCCCACAGUAUAAGGAGAAGGGCCUCUCCAGCAUCCCCGGACAUCUCGUUAUGUUCACCUCCGAUCAGUGCCACUACUCGGUGAAGUCUUGCGCGUCUGUGUGCGGCCUGGGCACCGACUACUGCGUCAGCGUGCCGUCGGAUGAGCGCGGUCGCAUGCUGCCCGCGGAGCUCGAGCGCCUCGUGCGGUACCACAAGGAUCGUGGCAACGUACCAUUCUUUGUAAAUGCGACUUCCGGCACCACAGUGCUAGGCGCUUUCGACCCCCUCAUCGAGAUUGCCGACAUCUGCCAGAAAUAUGACAUGUGGAUGCAUGUUGAUGCCGCUUGGGGAGGUGGUCUGCUGUUCUCUAAGAAGUACCGUCACCCUCGCCUUACUGGCAUCGAACGUGCAAACUCGGUGACUUGGAACCCACACAAGCUGAUGGGCACACUUCUGCAAUGCUCCACCGUGCAUUUCAGGCAUGAGGGCAUCUUACUGAGCUGCAACGAGAUGGCGGCGGAGUACCUGUUCAUGACGGACAAGAUCUACGACCCGCGGUACGACACCGGUGACAAGGUCAUCCAGUGCGGCAGACAUAAUGACAUUUUCAAGCUUUGGCUGCAGUGGAGGGGCAAGGGUACGUCCGGCUUCGAGCGUCUCAUGGACCGUCUGAUGGAGCUGUCGGAGUACAUGGUCCGCCGCAUCCGCGAGCAGCCCGACAAGUUCUACCUCAUUCUGGAGCCAGAGAUGGUGAACGUCUCCUUCUGGUAUCUGCCCAAACAGCUUCGCGGCCUCCCGCAUAAUCGGGACAAGGAGAUCAAGUUAGGCAAGGUGUGCGCGAAAUUGAAGGGCCGCAUGAUGCAGUCGGGCACGCUGAUGGUGGGUUACCAGCCUGAUGACAGGCGUCCCAACUUCUUCCGCAACAUCAUCUCAUCUGCGGCCGUCACCGAGCGCGACGUCGACUUCCUGCUCGCUGAGAUGGACCGCCUCGGACAGGACAUCGUUGUUGAUUAGGCACAUCACUUUAUUUAUUAUCUGUACCUUUUUCACUAUCGUUAUUUAAUC